AGUUUACCUUUACCAACCCAUAGUGGCCAUAGUUAGUGGUACCAGUUAGUACUCAAUGUAUGUUCUCUGGGUUAGUAUUUGCUGCACUCUUCCAUGUUAGGAAGAGGUUAGUACCGGUUGUGAUUCAGUUCAAGUUUGAAUAUUAAAAAGUAAAGUGAAUGUCGCGAUGCGGUUCUGAAAGUAUACAAACUAAAUGAAUAAGAAAUUAUUGGAACGAGUCGUGAUAAAUCAUGUCUCAAAAAAAGUAUACUAAUGCAACAAAAAGUUUGGAAGAGAAGCGUUCGAAAGAGCUCAUGUCCUCUUCUAGUCUUUCUGGUAUGUCGCAGUUAUCCAACAGCAGCGAGGAAGCAUUGGAAGUCUUGGUACAUAAAUUCCACAAAUCUGAUAAUUCAAAAAAGACAAUGAAUACAUUAAACAACGAAUGGUUAUUGAAUGGAUCAAAUGGAAACAAAACACCCGUUUUAUGUUUUAAAUGUUCCGCUUUAGCUACGCCACCAGAAAAUCCACCAGCAAAGCAGUUACACAUGACUUACAAAAUCUCUCAUACUGAUACUAGACUUAUUAAUCUUCUAUUGCAAUCUCACGGCUUAAUAGAGGUACCUAUUAGUGAAACAGAUUUUAACAUAUUAUGGAUGGGAAACCAUCCAAAGCCAGAUAUCUUACGGAAUUUGCAACCUUAUCAAAAGAUAAACCAUUUUCCUAGAUCUUAUGAGAUCACCCGUAAGGACCGCCUUUACAAAAAUAUCGAAGCUAUGCAGAGGAGUAAAGGUCUUCGAAAUAAUGAUUUUAUACCUCAGACAUUUUUACUGCCUACCGAAGCAAAAGAAUUAAUUUCAGCCCAUUUGCGAUAUAGAGGACCAUGGAUCGUCAAACCUAAAGCUAGCUCACGAGGCCGUGGCAUUUAUAUUGUCAAUAAUCCUGAGAAAAUUCUGACAGAUGAAUCGGUUAUCGUGGCGCAAUACAUAAAUAAUCCGCUUUUAGUCGACGGACAUAAAUGUGAUUUGCGUCUCUAUGUGGCUGUGACAAACUACGAUCCCCUGCUAAUUUAUUUAUAUGAGGAAGGUUUAGUGAGAUUUGCAGCUGUUAAAUAUGACGGUCAGAGUCAGUAUACUUGGAAUCCUUGCAUGCAUCUUUGUAACUACAGUAUAAACAAAUUUCAUGUGGAUUAUGUAAAGAGCGAAGAUCCCGAUGCCGAAGAUGUUGGACAUAAAUGGACAUUGUCAGCAUUACUUAGACAUUUACGCUCAAUGGGUCAAGAUACGGCGUCGCUUAUGCAACGAAUAGAAGAUAUUAUUAUAAAGUCAAUUAUCGCCACCGCGUCUGGAAUUGUCAGUGGUUUAAAGCAAUUUGUAAAAUAUCCCGAGACGUGUUUUGAGUUGUUUGGCUUUGAUAUACUGAUUGAUGAUACACUGAAGCCAUGGCUAUUGGAAGUAAAUUUAACUCCUUCAUUAGGAUGUGAUUCGCCACUAGAUGUUAGACUCAAAUCAGCUUUAAUAGCAGACUUAUUUACUCUCGUUGGCAUAGCUGCUGUCGAUCCAAUUCUGCGUUCUCAAAAUUUAAACCAUGCUGCCAUAAAUUCUAAUAAAAAGAUAAUUAGUUAUAGAAGAGUACAGUCUGCGGAAACAUUACCUCAAGAAAAAAAAAAAAUUAACAGAAAUAAUAAAAGCAAAGCAGGUUUAAGCUCAGAGCAACAACGAAUAGUAGCAUCUGCAAAAGCACAAUUCGAGAGAAGAGGCGGAUUCGUCAGAAUAUUUCCAAGUCCGAAAUCUUGGGAACUUUAUUCACAAUAUUUAGAUCCAAGUACAGGUGCGCCAAUGAUAUCGGAUCCGCUUGGUCCAAGGAGAUUGCCACAACAUAUUAAUACCAAUUACAAUUUAAUGUUGCAUGAACAAUUGUUUCCUACGGCUAAUCGUGUUACUGGUUAUAUUAUUCCGGAAGUAACAGACAGAUUAUCUAGAUAUGAAAGAUAUGAAAGAGCAUUGAUAAAAGGUCACAAACAAAGCUUGGACAGAGGAAAUAAUAAAGAAAAUUUAGAUGUAGAUAGGUACAAAUAUAAAACUCAAGUAAUACAAUCAAUGCAAGAAGGCAAUAAACUUAGUUCUAACGAAGCAAGGAAAGCCUUCAGUUUAUAUCUAGGUUACAUAUUACGGAAAAUAUCACAGCCUAAUGCAGAUUCGAGAUGUUGUGAUCUUGUUAUGAGGUUUCUUCAACAUUCGUCCUGUAGUUUGAAAACACCAUUUUUAUUUACGUUACCAUGCAGUAAGUUAAGUGAUAAGGAUCGAGCUGCCAUUACCGCCAAGCAACUUUCUGAUUUUUUACAUCUAUAUAAUAGAGAAACGGAUCUUUAUGAAGACACUGUAGAUCGGCCUCGUACUGUUCCUAAUAAACUCUUCCAAAAGUUUUUAGCUGCAGCAAGCGAACAAGAUCUCGAUGAUGUACUGAUUCUGCAAACUCGUCUUUAUAAGUGCGCCCACAGUUUCUUGGGAAAAAGCGGCUUCGCCGGUAAUCUGCGCGGCGCUAAUCUUCUCGGAUUUUUACCGCAUAUUACAUCGCGAGUGUAUUCCAAUGCUGCUAUAACAGCACAAUGCAGAUGUAACAAUUCAAUUAAUAGGUAAUUUAAUUAUUAUAUUAUAAAACUUAUAUUUUGCAGAAAGUAAGAGAGAGA